AUGGCGCCUAUAGAGUAUCUGUUGUUUGAAGAGCCUACUGGGUAUGCAAUUUUCAAAGUUAAAUUGCAACAAGAUAACAUUGGAUCAAGAUUAGAAGAGGUUCAAAAGCAGAUUAAUGACUUUGGAUCUUUCACUAAGUUGUUAGAACUUGUUUCAUUCUCACCUUUCAAAGGUGCAGCUGAAGCCUUAGAAAAUGCUAACGACAUUUCUGAAGGUUUGCUGUCUGAAAGUUUGAAAGCGGUCUUAGAUUUGAAUUUGCCAAAGGGUUCCAAGAAGCAAUCUGUUACUUUAGGUAUCUCUGAUAAAAACUUGGGUCCCUCCAUUAAGGAAGUCUUCCCUUACGUUGAUUGUUUCUCUAACGAAUUAUCGCAAGAUUUGAUCCGUGGUGUUAGAUUACAUGGUGAAAAAUUGUUCAAAGGUUUGCAAAGUGGUGAUUUGGAAAGAGCUCAAUUAGGUUUGGGUCACGCCUACUCUCGUGCCAAGGUGAAGUUUUCUGUGCAAAAGAAUGAUAAUCACAUUAUUCAAGCUAUCGCCCUUUUGGAUCAAUUGGACAAGGAUAUUAACACUUUUGCCAUGAGAGUUAAGGAAUGGUACGGCUGGCACUUCCCUGAGUUGGCUAAGCUCGUUCCUGAUAACUACAAUUUUGCUAAAUUGGUUUUAUUCAUUAAGGAUAAGACCUCUUUGAGUGAAGAUUCUUUGCACGAUUUAGCUGCUCUUUUGAAUGAUGAUGCUGCUAUUGCUGAAAGAGUCAUGGACAAUGCUCGUAUCUCUAUGGGUCAAGAUUUAUCUAGUGCCGAUAUGGAAAAUGUUUGUAUCUUUGCGCAAAGAGUCGUCAACUUGGCUGAUUACAGAAGACAAUUGUACGAUUACUUGUGUGAAAAGAUGCAUACCGUUGCUCCAAACUUGUCAGAAUUGAUCGGUGAAGUUAUCGGUGCUAGAUUGAUCUCCCAUGCAGGUUCUUUGACCAAUUUGUCUAAGCAAGCUGCAUCUACUGUGCAAAUCUUGGGUGCUGAAAAGGCUCUUUUCAGAGCUUUGAAGACAAAGGGAAAUACCCCUAAAUAUGGUUUAAUUUACCACAGUGGAUUUAUCUCCAAGGCAGCUGCUAAGAACAAGGGUAGAAUCUCUAGAUACUUGGCUAACAAGUGUACCAUGGCCUCCAGAAUUGACAACUAUUCCGAUGAACCAACCAACAUCUUUGGUACCGUUUUGAAGAAGCAAGUGGAACAAAGAUUGGAAUUUUACACCACUGGUCACCCAACUUUGAAGAACGAAUUGGCAAUUCAGGAAGCUAUUGAGCUAUAUAACGAAAACAAGCCAGAAGAAGAACCUAAGCAAGAAUCUAAGAAGAGGAAACACACUUCUGAAGAAGAAGAACAGAGUGAAGAAGAAGAAGAGGACAAGAAAGAGAAGAAGAAGGUAAAGAAGGAGGACAAGAAGGACAAGAAAGAGAAGAAAGAAAAGAAAGAGAAGAAAGAAAAGAAGGAGAAGAAAGAAAAGAAGGAGAAGAAAGAAAAGAAGGAGAAGAAAGAGAAGAAGAAUUAA